AUGGCCUGGUACUCGCUCACUGCCUACCUGCUGCUUGGUUUCGUGGCAGCCAUUGCGCUCAACCUCAUCUAUCAGCUGCUUUUCCGCCUGCUGAAUAGGACCAGGCCGCCGUUGGUCUUCCACUGGAUCCCAUUCCUGGGUAGUACUAUCCGCUACGGACUCGAUCCGUACAGGUUUUUCUUUUCCUGUCGCGAGAAGCACGGCGACAUCUUCACGUUUGUUCUCUUGGGCCGUCAGACCACCGUCUACCUAGGUAUAAAGGGCAACGAGUUCAUUCUUAAUGGCAAGCUGAAAGACGUGAAUGCAGAGGAGGUGUACGCCCCCUUGACCACCCCGGUAUUCGGUUCGGAUGUGGUCUAUGAUUGUCCCAACUCUAAGCUCAUGGAGCAGAAGAAGUUCAUCAAGUACGGCCUCACUCAGGCGGCGCUCGAGUCCCAUGUGCCGUUGAUCGAGAAAGAGGUCCUGGACUAUCUAGAUACCUCUCCUAACUUCCACGGGCCGUCCGGAGAGGUAGACAUUUCAGACGCCAUGGCGGAGAUCACCAUCUUUACUGCCGGAAGUGCCCUGCAGGGAGAGGAGGUGCGAUCCAAGCUCACCACCGAGUUUGCCAUUCUCUACCACGAUCUAGACAAGGGAUUCAGUCCGAUCAAUUUCAUGUUGCCAUGGGCGCCCUUACCACAUAACAAGAAGCGUGAUCUCGCCCAUGCCCGCAUGCGCGCCAUCUACACUGACAUUAUCGAGAAGAGGCGGCGCGCAGGAACCAAUAUUAACGCCUCGCAGAGGUCAGAUAUGAUUCAGAAUUUGAUGCAGUGCACCUAUAAGAACGGGCAGCCUGUGCCGGACAAGGAGAUCGCACAUAUCAUGAUCACGCUGCUGAUGGCUGGCCAGCACUCAUCGUCUUCGAUCAGCUCCUGGAUCAUGCUCCGCCUUGCCUCCCAGCCCGCAGUCGUCGAGGAGCUCUUCCAGGAGCAGCUGGCCAACCUACCGCGCAUAGGCCCCGAUGGUAGCCUGGCUCCCCUGCAAUACAAAGAUCUCGACCUUCUCCCGCUGCACCAAAACGUGAUCAGGGAGACUCUCCGUCUUAACUCGUCUAUCCACUCACUCAUGCGCAAGGUCAAGAACCAGAUGCCAGUCCCUGGCACUCCCUACGUGAUUCCGACUUCCCACGUCUUACUCGCCUCGCCGGGCAUCACAGCCCUUAGUGACGAGCAUUUCUCUAACGCCAAGGCAUGGGAUCCUCAUCGGUGGGAAACUCAGGAACCCAAAGAGGAUGAGAAGGAGGACAUGGUCGACUACGGGUACGGCGCCAUGUCUAAGGGCUCCUCCAGCCCAUAUCUCCCCUUCGGCGCUGGCCGCCACCGCUGCAUUGGAGAGAAGUUCGCAUAUGUCAACCUAACAGUCAUCGUGGCCACCAUGGUGCGCCACAUGCGGUUAUUCAACUUAGAAGGAAAGAGGGGUGUGCCUGAAACGGACUAUUCCUCGUUGUUUUCAGGUCCCAUGAAGCCCACGCGGAUCCGCUGGGAGCGACGAGCUGCAAUUUCUAAAUAG